AUGAAAUAUGAACAAUAAUAUUUAUUCAGUUCUUAUGAUGUUAACAGUAGAGAAAUUUAUGAUAUGAAUUAAACUAUUUAAUUAAUUAAAGGAGUAUCUAGGAUUCCUUUAUUAAUGAUUAUAAUCGUUGUUGGAGAUGAAAAAGUUUAAACAGAUGAGAAUACUUGA